AAUUGCCAAAGAAAAAGUAUCAUUAUUCAGUUACAUGAGCUAGGCGGAAUUACGUGGUUGUUAAAAAAAUGUCUAUAUAAAAUAAAUCUUAGAUAUAUUUUUAUUUUGAUGAAAACCCUCAAUCGAUAAAAGACGUAAAUAGAAGAUUCACACAGUCAAUAUCAAAGUUCAACAUUGUUGUAGCUGAAGCGGACAGGCGUAUUCUUCAAACCUGAGACUCUAAAGGUGCAUUUUACAAAAGGGAAAGGUCAGAAAUGGGCGAAAAAACUGGAAAUCAAAUAGUUGCCGAAUCCCUCAAGCAACAGGGGUUGACUUAUGUUUUUGGCAUUAUGGGUCAUCCAGUCAUAGAACUGGCGUUAUCGAUGCAAGUCGCUGGUUUGCAGUAUUUAGGGUUUCGUAAUGAACAAGCAGCAUGUUAUGCAGCACAAGGAUAUGGAUAUCUAACUGGAAAACCCGCCGUUGUGCUCUGUGUAUCGGGACCCGGCCUUCUUCAUGUUAUUGGGGGUAUGGCCAAUGCACAAAUUAAUUGCUGGCCCGUGCUAGUUUUGGGAGGAUCUACUUCGUUGGAUCACGAAGGACUCGGUGGAUUCCAAGAGUUUCCUCAGGUUAAUGCGAGUCGACCUUACUGUAAAUAUGCAGCCAGACCACCAACAGCUGCUCUUAUACCAUUGCACGUAGAAAACGCAGUUCGACUUUGUACCUAUGGAAGACCCGGAGCGGCCUACUUAGAUUUACCAGCUACAUUAUUAACACAAAAAAUUGAUGAAAGCAAAAUAUAUAACGUCUUAUUAUGUCCACCACCACCGUUGAUUUAUCCACAAAAUGAUCUUAUAGAACAAGCUGCAGGAAUUCUUGUGAAGGCCAAGAAGCCAUUGAUUAUCGUCGGUAAAGGCGCAGCUUAUGCUAAGGCGGAAGCACAAGUUCGGGACUUAGUAUCAGCAACAGAUUUGCCAUUUCUUCCAACACCUAUGGGUAAAGGUGUUGUUGCUGAUUCACAUAAAAAUAGUGUAGCAAGCGCCAGAACACUUGCUCUGCAAAAGUCUGAUGUUAUUUUAUUACUUGGAGCUCGGCUCAAUUGGAUGCUUCAUUUUGGUAAAGCCCCUAGAUUCCAGACUAAUGUUAAAGUUAUCCAGGUAGAUAUUUGUGCCGAAGAAUUGCACAAUUCUGUAACCUCGGCUGUCGGAAUUCAAGCCGAUUUAAAACCAACCGUUGAAUUAUUAACGAAAGCUUUAAGAGAUCGCAGAUUCGUGUUUUCAAAAAAUACGCCAUGGUGGAAAGAGCUUACUGCUAAGAGCCAACAGAAUAAAGAAGUGAUUGAAAGAAUGGCAUCGGACUCUUCGUCUCCACUGAAUUACUAUGCUACCUUUAAAAGUAUUCAAGCAGUUCUACCAGCUGAUUGUAUUAUAUGCGCGGAGGGAGCGAACACCAUGGAUAUUAGCCGUACGAUUCUUCUGAAUGAGAAACCUCGUCAUCGCUUAGAUGCAGGUACGUUUGGUACCAUGGGAGUUGGUCCAGGUUUUGCAAUAGCAGCAGCACUUUAUUGCAAAGAUAAUUUCCCUGGUAAGAGAGUGAUUUGCGUCGAGGGCGAUAGUGCGUUCGGCUUUUCAGGAAUGGAAAUCGAAACUAUGUUUAGAUACAAGUUACCAAUUAUUUUGGUAAUUAUUAAUAAUAAUGGCAUCUAUGGGGGUUUGGAUGAAGAAACUUUUAGACAAAUUCAAGCUACCGGGGAAGCAACGCAAGUGACUCCAGCAUUUUCAUUGACAUCUGGCACACGUUAUGAAAAAAUGAUGGAAAUGUUUAAUAGGAAAGGAUAUUUUUGCACCACAGUUCCAGAAAUACAUCAAGCUUUUAAGGGUGCUUUGAAGAUUAAAGAUAGUCCUUCUAUAAUUAAUAUUAUGAUAGAUCCACAAGCUGAUCGUAAAGAGCAAAAAUUUAGUUGGCUAACUGAACCCAAACUUUGAAGCAUAUAAUUGAAUAUUUUAAAAUCAUAUCUGUUUAUUACUUUCAAAUACAAAACAUCAUACAUAUAUGUAAAUAGUAUUCUAAAAUGGAAUGUAUAUUGUAUUCACAUUUUUUAGCUUUUAUUUCAAUCAUGCAAGCACUUUUAUUGUAAAUAUAAGAAGCACUAUACUUAUUAUAUUUUUGGAUGGG